AUGCUGUCCAUUCAAUCAGUGGCCAGCCGUGGGAAGCUCUUCACACUAGGUUUGAUUACACUGAACUUGUCAAUUUGCAGCAGUGCUGGUACUGCAUUUACAUGUUUUGAGAUUGGCGAUAUUUUCAAUAUUACGUGUCCAUUUGAAACAUCGCAGUCAGUAACAUUGCAAUCCGUCAGAUGGUCGGUGGAUGGCGUGAAUAGCCUAAUCGCACAUCAACUACUCGGGGAUGAAAAAGAACAAAACGUUGUCGGUGAUAAUAAUAUAAUUAACGGACCACUUAGUCUGACAGUUAAUACUACUGGCAUGAAAGAAGACAUCAAUUAUGUUUGCACUGUUACAUACCUGAACGGAAACCAUAGUCAACAACAGAUGUGUCAUGUUGAACUUCACACAUGCGAUUCCUUGUCUACGCAAUCACUGGCGAGUGCGAAUCACACUACAAUUUGGGAUGUUCAAAACUCGACACAAAAAUACAUUGAGAUGCUUUCUUACAUACUGGGAGCGAUUUUAAUCGUUGUGGUUUUCACGAUAGUAGCCAUUGUCGUCUAUUGUCGACGGAAAAGAACAGAGGUGAAUGAUCCAAGCUAUACUGCUAUUACCCGGGUUUCGUCUAAUACUACAGAAGCGUAA